UCCGCCUGGGCUACCUUCAGCCCUCAUCAGACGGACGACGAAAUGCGAAGGACUGCCUUUCCCCAGUCUGUUCUCCCAGCGCCUCCCUGGGGAAAGAGAACUCCGUGUUCCGUUGCGGAGCCGGACGCCUGAAUUGGGAAGUAGGGCGAAUCAAGGCCGGGAAAUGGGACCCUUGGGUCGCUGCUGCCGCAGGGACUGAAGAGGCAGUCUCUCAAUUCCCAGGACAUGUUUGCUGCUUCUGCCUCUCCCCGCCGGUCUAAAUGGAUCGCUCCACCUAUUUCCUCCCCCGCUCUUUGGGCGCAAUGGAUUGUUCCAUUGCCCCUCCAGUCUCCGGCCUGCGUUGCGGGGGACACUGGCACGGCCCUCAUCGCCCCCUUCUCAGGCGGGAGCAUGCUGGGGCUCCCGGGGCUGCGGCUCCCCCCGGCGGGGUUCCUGCUCCUGUUGCCAUUCCUGCUGCUGCUGCUGCUGCUGCUGCCCGCAACCCCCGCGCCCCAUCGGGCUUCCUACAAGCCGGUCAUCGUGGUGCAUGGGCUCUUUGACAGCUCGUACAGCUUCCGCCACCUGCUGGAAUACAUCAACGAGACACACCCUGGGACUGUGGUGACAGUGCUCGAUCUCUUCGAUGGGAGAGAGAGUUUGCGGCCCCUGUGGGAACAGGUGCAAGGGUUCCGAGAGGCUGUGGCCCCCAUCAUGGCAAAGGCCCCUCAAGGGGUGCAUCUCAUCUGCUACUCGCAGGGGGGCCUGGUAUGCCGGGCACUGCUGUCUGUGAUGGAUGAACACAAUGUGGAUUCUUUCAUCUCUCUUUCCUCUCCACAGAUGGGACAGUAUGGAGACACGGACUAUUUGAAGUGGCUGUUCCCCACCUCCAUGAGGUCUAACCUCUACCGCAUCUGCUAUAGCCCCUGGGGCCAGGAAUUCUCCAUCUGCAACUACUGGCAUGACCCCCACCAUGAUGACUUGUACCUCAAUGCCAGCAGCUUCCUGGCCCUGAUCAAUGGGGAAAGAGACCAUCCCAAUGCCACUGCUUGGCGGAAGAACUUUCUUCGUGUGGGCCGCCUGGUGCUGAUUGGGGGCCCUGAUGAUGGUGUCAUUACCCCCUGGCAGUCCAGCUUCUUUGGUUUCUAUGAUGCAAAUGAGACGGUCUUGGAGAUGGAGGAGCAACUGGUUUAUCUGCGGGAUUCUUUUGGGUUGAAGACUCUCCUGGCUCGGGGGGCCAUAGUGAGGUGUCCAAUGGCUGGGAUCUCCCACACGGCCUGGCACUCCAACCGUACCCUUUAUGAGACCUGCAUUGAACCUUGGCUCUCCUGAGGGAUCCCUCAGGAACCCCCCAGCCCGGAGACCAAGUGGUAGCCUUGGAUGUCAGGCCCUGGUGUGCCCGUGACCACCUCAUUGCUCCCCCACUGCCCCCACCAACCAGGGCUCCCAGGGCCCCUUCCUCCGCUCCUCUGUGAACGACAAAUCCUGGUUUCCGCCAUCUCGUGUCCUCUCGUCUGGGGCUUGCUCCGAGCUCUCCCAUCCUCUUAAGGCCAAGCGUGGCGAGUGAGAAAGCGGGUUAACUCAUGGCUGCUCCUACUGCUGCUCUGCGUCUCUGGCUGGAGACGGAGGACCCAGCCCCUGCCCACCACAGGGGUCUCCUUCCAGGCCACUCAGGACAUUUUUAGCUUCUGUUUUCCCCAUGUUCGCUGUUCGUCUGAACUCCCCUGUUGUGAGCCCUCCCAACCCCCAGGAAGGACCACCCAUGAGAGUGGGGUUCCGAGGCUCCCCUAUGGGGACAUUUCCGUUCUUGAAGUGUCAGUGUUGGGGAAUAUCUGUGGCCUGUGAGGCCCAUCUCAGGUUUGGGGAUCCCCCAGUCCCUAUGUUCAGUAUUGGGGUGCCCUUGGGGAGCCCAGUUUCUUUGAGGCUCCAGCCCCUCUUUUAGCUACCCUUGAAUGGGUGUUACCCCUGUAUUUAUGGAAAUAAAGUUCCAUUUACUCAGUUUGGCUUGACUCAUUUCCAGGUGAGGGAGACCUGGCUCCCCAAGGAGGGUGGGGAUGGAGAGCCUGAGGCUCGGGUGCCCGGAUGCCUGGUCUGGGGUGGGACCCCCUUGGUGUUUCCGCUCUCUCAAUGCCCAUUCUGUGUGGGUUCCUGAUUCUCUGCGGGUUCUUUCCUGCUGAGGACAAUUCUCUUCCUGUCCCAGCCUGUGAUUGGGGGGCUGAGCCCAGGGCUCUAGUGGUUUGGGCCCCAGCCUCAUGGGUGGAAUGCACCAGCCACCCCCAGGCUAGACGAGGGGGCUAAGGGUCAGGGUGGGCAUUUGUGGUGCCCCUUUUUGAACUUUGUGGGCCAGAGCUGGGUGAGGGGCUGGACAAUGAGCCUCCUCUUCCUCGAAAGAAGGAAUCUUGGUGGAGACAAUAAGGCCCUGUCUGCUCUGGCAUGGGGGGCGGUGGCUGACUCAACUUUGCAUACCCCCCACCAGGCCCUAACAAAUGUCAUCAAGAAAUGGGGGCAAUUUUCCCUUUACUGCCCUGGACAGUCCCCACCACACCCUUCUUUCUCUCCUCAUCUGAUCUUGCCUUUUCUCCCAUGACUUGACCGCACUUAGUUCUCUGCCAGCUCUGCCUUUUCCUGCCCCUCAGCUCUUCCCUAGUCUGUGUUGGGUUGAAGUGUGGAGGGCAAGGGCCAGGGGUACUGCUGGUGUUUAAAGCUAGUAGUCUCUGCUGAUUUGGGGGAGUUCCAAAAAUAGGGGGCCUCAUAGGGUUGAGAAGAGACUUCUAAGGGGCCCUUUGCUUGGCUGGGGGGGGGGUGAAGGUAGUGGGAUCUGGACCCCACUGAACUGACCAAGCUCCCGCUGUGGAGGAGGCUUGUGGGAGGGGGCAGGAAUGGGAGGGCUCUGUCUGGCCCGCCUCUCCUCUCCUUUGCAGCCCGCCCAGCCCGCCCACCAGUCUGAGCUGCUGCUUCUGAGGCUGGUGGCCUGAAGUCUCCAGGAGAGGGGGAAAGACAGCUGGCAGAGUCUGAAGUCAAGGAGAAACAUGGGGUCCAGGGCUGAGCUGUGCACUGUCUUAGGCGGACUCUCAUUCCUCCUGCUACUGAUGACGGGCGAGGGGGCCAAGGGUGGAUCCCUCAAAGAGAGGUGAUAACAGAGGGGGCAGGGCCAGGGGUGAGGUCUUCAUGAAACCUGCUGGGGGUGGGGCUUCACAGGUGGCAAAACAAA